UUAAAAUCAGACCCUCCCUUUCUCUCUCCUCACUCUCUCUUCUUCCUCGCGACAUCUCCCCCCCCUCUGGUUUUCCAGCCGACAUCACCCCUCCUCCCAGCCACCACCAGCGACGCCGGCCAGCCCAGAUCAGACUGGCGACUCCCCAGCCUCCUUGCUCGACGUCCUCCCCCGCCGCCUGCCGCCACGAAUCGCUGGAGAGAACCAGAAAAUCGCGGCAGAUUUUCUCCGAUUUUCAAAUCCCUCAAACUCCCUCCUCCGGCCACCAAAUCGGACGAAUUAGGCACCCGGGCACCAGGUGACCCGCAGGAGGGACCUUCAAAGGGUCCAGCUAGCUCAGAGUAUCUGCAGUAAGCGUGCACAAUGAGCCACCACCGGGCCGAGUUCAUCUUCCGCCACCUUCCUUGACAAACAGCUUCAACGUAAAUCUGAUUUCGACCCGGGUCCGAAGUCCACAGUCCAAUGAAGAAAGUGCUCAUCGCCGAAUACAGCUAGACGUAUUCAUCUGAAAAACGAGGGAGAAUUUGGUCAGCUUUGGGCCACAAGAAAAAAGAAGAAGAAAAUGACGAGCUGUUUGUGCUGCAGACCAGCGAUUGUGGCCAAAUCAAUUCACAACGAGGGCUUUGCGUCGCCGUCUAGAACUCUAAAUCGUUUUGCUGGGGUUGUACCUUACGGUACAAACGGGAGGUCCCUCAGUUCAAGGUUUCGUGGCGUGCGCGCUUCAGCUGUGGACUCGUAUGAGAGCUCUUCUGAUUUCGUCAAUCGCAUGGAAAAAGCCUGGUUAAUAUCCAAGCAACCAAGGCCUGUUGCUUGUUCAUCUUGCGACUCAAACGGUCAUAUCGAAUGCAAAUGGUGUGGGGGCACAGGCUUCUUUAUGCUCGGUGAUAACAUGCUUUGCCAAGUCCCUUCGAGAGGUACUAGUUGUGUUAUUUGUACUGGAAAGGGAUCAAUGUGUUGCUCUGAUUGCAAAGGAACAGGCUUUCGUGCCAAGUGGUUAGGGCAGCCUCCUAUUUCCAAGUAGCAGCCUUGCUCGAAAGACGUCUGCGCAGUCGGAAAGAUUUAACCAUCAAAAGCUGCUGUAGAAAAUGCAGUGACAUCUUGUUCAUGUUGUAACAAAUUCUUCUCUGUUUCUUUUAGGGCCUCUAUGGUCAAGUUAUGAUAGUUACAUAUUCUUUAAAUCCACAAUAAAUUGUUUUAGAUUGUGUAGUCCACACACAGAACAUCGCCCUUUACUAGUCAUACCUUAUUCAUUUUAAUUCUUGGAAUGUAUAAAUUGUCUUUGCCUGCACAAUAUUCUAUUACCACAUUGGUUUAUUGAA